AUGAACGGCGUGAGAUUUAUACAGUCUUACGAAGUAACAAGCCAAAACGGUCCUUAUGAUUGUGAUUUCGAGAACGAUUUUUGUUCCUGGAUGAAUGACCCAGAAGCGGGCGAGGAAUGGCUACGAGAGCAAGGAUCGACUGGACUCCGAACGCAAACUGGACCGCCAGCCGAUCAUACCACUGGCACACAGGAAGGUUGGUACGCAUAUGUACAGCAAACACUUCACAUUGGGUUGAACGUUCAAGCAAGCCUCACGAAUCCUGCUUGGACCGGACCAAAAUGUCUGACAUUCUGGUACCAUAUGUAUGGUAGUAGUCUGGGGUCACUCUCAGUACUACUUGAUACAGGUCAGAUGAUACAUGAGAGCAUCUGGUCUCGGAGUGGUAAUGUUGGUUCUAACUGGAAUUACGCCCAAGUACAUAUCGAAGAAACUGGUACCUAUAACGUCAUUAUCGAAUCCAGAGCCACGCUGUUGAACAUCGGCGUUGUAGCUCUGGAUGAUAUCAUCGUGUACGACGAAGACGAUUGUCCACCGCUGGAUAUUUGUGAUUUCGAAUAUGGUGUGUGUGAAUACACCAAUGACCAGAAUGCAGACGCCGAAUGGAACAGGACAAAAGCCGACAAUCACGUAAAUGGUCCUGAUUAUGAUCAUUCUACUGGAACAUCACAGGGGAAUUAUGUGUAUAUGGAUACCAAUGGAAUGGAGACGGGAAAAUAUGCACGACUUCUGAGUCCUCUAUACAGCAGUUCUUUAUAUGAGUCAACCUGUUUGCAGUUCUGGUAUUAUAUACACGGUGGCAGCGGGGGUGCUACAUUAUCAGUAUACAUCAAAGAAAACGACGAUCUUGGCACCCCUAUAUGGGAGACAGAGUACGACCAGGGUGGUUUCUGGCACAUCGCAUCUGCGGAGUUCAUACCCCAAACCGAGUAUCAAGUGGUGUUUGAAGGAUCCGUCGACCAGCAAGGAGUUUAUGAUAUAUCGCUCGACGACAUUAGUGUGAACAUCCCCGUUGGCGGUUGCACUGGGCUUCACGCAACCUGCAACUUUGAAUAUGACAUGUGUACCUGGACCAAUGUUGGCUACGAUGAUUUUGACUGGAUAAGGUACAGUGGUUCGACAUCGUUUCUGCCAUACCUAAGUGGUCCAACCAAGGAUCAUACAACUGGAUCAAUUCACGGUUGGUACAUGUUCAUUGAGAGUGGCCCGCCAAGUUCAUCCGGCGAUAAAGCCCGGCUGGUAUCUGAAGUAUUCAUGCCGAACCAGAAUUACUGCUUUUUAUUUUAUUAUCAUAUGUAUGGGUUGACUGAGGAAUCGCCUGGCACCAUCCGGAUCGUUAUUGAAUAUACAGACGAAACAGAGCAAGAAUUAUGGCGGGAUAGUGAAAACAAAGGUGAUCGAUGGCAAGAACAGUAUAUUGAUAUCUUUUCAACCAAAGCAUUCAGAAUUGCGAUAGAAGGUGAAGUUGACGCCAAAUUCGCUAGUGACCUGGCCAUAGACGAUACCAAAAUGUUUAACUACAGCUGUAAUCCACCAAGCUACAAUUUUACUUGCAGUAAUGGUACUGAAAUUGCCUCUGAAGAGAAGUGCAAUUGGGUUGUCGAUUGCCCUGAUGCAUCAGACGAGCUAAACUGUGGGGAAUGUACGUUUGAAAAUGGUACAUGUGAAUAUAAUGACAACAGUCGAGGUGAAUAUAGGUGGGAGAGAUGGAGCGGACCGACACCGACUCCAAACACUGGUCCUUCACAUGACCAUACAUGGAGCGGAGAACAACCAGGUUACUACAUGCUGGCAGCAUCGACCAAAGGUGGAUUCGUCAGUGCCGCAACCUUAGAUGGACCGUUAGUGCGCGAAUGCCAUUCCACCUGUCAAGUCGUCUUUUAUUACCAUAUGUUUGGCUCAGAUAUUGGCAAGUUGGAAGCUUUCAUAUUGGAAAAUGGUUUGGAAACCAGAUUAUGGAUAAUUCAGGAAAACCAAGGCGAUGAAUGGCACCAGGCUUGGAUUCCUAUUGGUCGCAUAUACACAGACUGGCAAUUAUUCUUUAGAUGCGAUCGUUCAUUUGGAGAGGAAGGAGACAUAGCAAUCGAUGAUAUUAUCAUGCAUAACUGUGCAUUGCCAGAAAUACGUGAGUGCGUUGAUGAUGAGAUCCAAUGCGACAGAGGCAGCUGCGUCGCUAGCGAUGAGCUCUGUGAUUUUGUGGAUAACUGUGGAGAUGCAACAGACGAAUCUGAUGAAUACUGUGGCAGCUAUACCAGGUGUACUUUUGAGUUCGGUGUGUGUGGAUUUCGACAGGAUCAUACAGACGAUUGGGAUUGGGACCUAGAAAAUGGAAGAUCUGCGUCUGUCUUAGAGACUGGUCCCAGUCGAGACCAUACAGUGAACACAGCGGCAGGUCAUUACGUCUUACUUAACACACGGCUUCCAAAACGAGCCAAUGAACAAGCGCGUCUUAUCAGUGGAACGUUUUCGCCCGGAAAUUGCAAGCUAUUGUUUCAUUACCAUAUGUAUGGAUCAAGCUGUGGGUCCCUAGUCCUGUACACCAGAACAGAAAUAGGUGUACCCAUGAAGAACAUAUGGUGGGAGGAUGAACCAUAUGGCGACGUCUGGGUCAGCAUCGAACUGGACCUUUCAGAAGUGAAAGUCUUUGAGAUUGUCUUUGAAGCAACAGUCGGAGACGGCAUCGAUGGUGAUAUCGCUCUUGACGACAUAUCCAUUUCGCCUGAGUGUCCGCCAACAGACGAACAACUACCUAUCGUGACCCCUGAACCCGUUACUAGGAUGCCGACUCCAUGUACUGAGAGUGAGUUUUACUGCAAUGAUGGCGGUCAGCCCGAAUGUAUUUCCAUACAACAGAAGUGUGAUUUCAAAAGCGACUGCACAAGCGGAAGUGACGAAAGCAUAUGUGGUACGUGUGAUUUCGAGACUUCGCAAUGUGGUUGGAUUGAUACCAGUUCUGGGAUAUACACUUGGGACAGAAUGCAAGUAGGCCAGUCUUCUUCCGAACAUGCGCCUGCAACAGAUGGGCUUGGUAGAAACGACGGUUACUACAUGGUUGUAGAAGGCGAUGACUCACGUUUAUAUAUCGGCGCCUACCUGGAGACAGACGUGACUGGUAGGAUCGGUAGAUGCUGUGUUGCUAGCUUCUAUUACCACAUGGAUGGGCAGGAUUCUGGGGCAAUGGCAUUCUAUUUGCAGGAUCCAAACGACAAUCUUAACUUAGCGCUGCUGUGGACAAAACAGGGCGAUCAAGGAUCUAGGUGGAAACGUGCAGAGGUGUUUGUUGGAUCACACGGGUCGGGAUGGCGGUUUGACGUCGAGGCAUAUCCCUUAUUAGGCACGUUAACUGGAGACUAUGUAGACAUUGCCAUUGAUGAAAUUGUGUUUAUAGACUGCCAUCCGGAUCAAACCAAGGAGAACGUUUACGACAUCAGCUGUGACUUUGAAGAAGACUUCUGUGGCUGGCUGCAGGUGGCGUCAGAUACCGACGAUGAUAGUUUUGACUGGACAAGAAUGUCAGGGCCAACGGAAUCGAGAGCCACGGGGCCCGAUCACGACCACACUAAAGGCAAAGACGGGGAAGGAUAUUACUUAUACACCGAGGCGACCAAAGAUUUCGAGAAAACAGCGCGACUGACCGUCUAUCCCCAGCCUCCCACGUCGAUGUCCUGUAUAUCAUUCUAUUAUCACAUGUAUGGUAGCACUGUUGGCUCACUCACGAUAUACCAACAACGUCUGGGUUUCCCCGAGACCAGUAUUUGGACUCGUAGUGGUACGUGGGGUAAUGAGUGGCAUUAUGCUCAGAAAACAGUCUCUCAUGACGAUAAUCAGUACCAGAUCCACAUAGAAGGGGUGACGGGUCAUGCUUGGGCCAGUGACAUUGCAAUAGAUGAUAUUAAAUAUGAAGACGGCCAGUGUCCAACCACAGUCGUGUGCGAUUUUGAGAUUGACUUCUGCGACUGGGUGAACGGCGAGAAUGAUGACAUGGACUGGAGAAGGGGGAACGACGGAACGCCCUCUAGUGGCACUGGUCCUGAGAAUGACCAUACGACGGGAACAUCAGAUGGUUACUUUUCUUACAUUGAAACUUCAAAGCCACGGCGGGCCGGUGAUAGGGCACAUCUUCUGAGUCCCGUCUAUCCAGGUGGCACAUCAGAGUGUUUGGAAUUCUGGUACCACAUGAGCGGAGAAGACAUCGGCUCGCUCAGGGUAUUCACACAAGAUGUGGCAUCCAAAGAACAAGUCGGAGAGCAGUGGGAAAAAUCGACUCACCAAGGUUCGAUCUGGCGUUACGCUCAUUACAGUGCGUACAGUGACGAAGAUUACCGAAUUGUGAUAGAAGGAACAAAGGGGGAAGAUACGAAAGGUGACAUUGCGAUUGAUGACCUACGCGCAGUGGAAGGGGCGUGUGGACUACCAGGUUAUUGCAAUUUUGAUAACGGAAUGUGUGGAUGGACAAAUAACAUGGACGAUGAUGACUUUGACUGGUUGCGCAAUUAUGGUACAACGCUUGCCAGUGACACUGGACCGUCAUAUGACCACACAACUGCCACAUACAAAGGUUUUUAUAUGUACACUGAGUCGAGCAUACCUGUGGUCGAGGGUGACAUAUCGUGGCUGAUAAGCGAACACUUCGAAGCAACCGACCAAUCCUGUUUUAUUUUCUAUUACCACAUGUACGGUGAUGAAAUGGGUAGUAUGGUUAUUUAUUUAAUGAAAGCUGAGGACAUUUCUAGUAAGUCUGACAUUUGGAGAAGAGACGGUAAUGUCGGAGAUGAAUGGAACGAAGCCAGGGUAGAAAUAGUUAGCUCGUAUGAAUACCAGCUGAUUAUCGAGGGAGUAAUUGGCUCUGGACGGCAGAGUAAUAUGGCUAUAGAUGACACUUUGCUAUACAAUGGCUCAUGUGCAGACUACGUGUCGCCAGUCUAUCCAGAUCCCCCACAAGAGCAGGACAAUGAUUCCAGCAGUGUCGGAGCUAUCGUGUUUGCCAGCAUCAUUUUGGUGGCCGUGGUGAUAACAGUGUUUUGUGGUUUGUGGUAUUAUUAUAGAAGACGAGAACAAAAAUCUGUCAUUCCGUCAUUUAUUCAAAAUAUCAGCUUUGGUAAAUCGAAUGCUGGGAUGUCAACGGACAGAGAUACAACGGUUUUGUUCUCGAUGCCUACCUAUGACAUAUGCUUUGCGAUUCAACAAUUAAAGACAAAAAAUACUUUGACAUCCCACGGUAUCAUUGCUGGCAUAAUACUUGGUAUAGGUUAA